AUGCCUUCCAUCCACGAACGCAUCCGCGACGACCUCUUGAUCAAAGAGCGCUCUCUCUGGACGGCCCUCACGUCCGCCGACCCCGGUCCUGAAAUCGAGAAACUCUCCAACGAAGAAGCGAAUCUUCUCUUUCCCAAGACGCCUAUUCUCACGCUGGACGGCGAGCCCUCGAUCCAAGAGGCUCUGAAGCCGCCCUUCCACCACUUCGACUCCUAUGAGCUGCAGGAAGUUCGCGUCAUCAUUAUCGACCUAAUGGCUGGUACCGUCACGUAUAAGAUCAACGCGUCACAGAACGGUAAACCGUACGUUGCGACGGGGUCGACAACAUGGAGUCAGGCGUCGGAUGGGGAGUGGAGAAUUGUCACUCAUACUGAGACGUUGCUUUGA